AGACGGCACCCGAGGUUUAGUAUAGCGGUAACUGAGAUGGAGUCCUGGGAGACCGCGCUGUGCCUCUCCCUGCCAUUCCUUAGGUCUCCGCCGCUCCAGAGUUGUAGAAACGCCUCAACCGAAGCAGAGCAGACACGGCCCCAGGGAACCGUAGUAACUGGGCGGCCACAACCACUACGGUACUUGAAGGCAGCGUCCGACAGCGAGCAGCCAGAAGGCCGUUGGACGGCCCCUUACGCGGAGCGCACGCGCAAAUGCUGGGCCUCAAGGCUUCCGUAAACACCAAAAGGCGCCUGCGCAGACGGAGCGCCUCGGGAUGGACACGAGGGGGCGCCUUAGCAAAGGUCCCUGGAAGGUGGCGUCAGCAUCUGCAGCCGCGUCGACGUUGUUGGAGCUUCCGCGGAGGACCCAGGAGAGCGGGACUAGGACCAGGGCCCUGGGCCUCCCCAUGGAGAAGUCAGCUGCCUCAACUGAGCCCCAGGGGCCUCGGCCAGUCCUGGGCCGCGACAGCGUCCAGGUGCCCGACGACCAGGACUUCCGCAGCUUCCGGUCAGAGUGUGAGGCCGAGGCGGGCUGGAACCUGACCUACAGCAAGGCCGGCGUGUCUGUGUGGGUGCAGGCUGUGGAGAUGGAUCGUACCCUGCACAAGAUCAAGUGCCGGAUGGAGUGCCGUGAUGUGCCAGCAGAGACGCUCUACGACGUCCUACAUGACAUUGAAUACCGAAAGAAGUGGGACAGCAAUGUCAUUGAAACUUUUGACAUUGCCCGCUUGACAGUCAACGCUGAUGUGGGCUAUUAUUCUUGGAGGUGUCCAAAGCCCCUGAAGAAUCGUGAUGUCAUCACCCUCCGCUCCUGGCUUCCCAUGGGCACUGAUUACAUCAUUAUGAACUACUCAGUCAAACAUCCUAAAUACCCACCUCGGAAAGACUUGGUCCGAGCUGUGUCCAUCCAGACGGGCUACCUCAUCCAGAGCACGGGGCCCAAGAGCUGCGUCAUCACCUACCUGGCUCAGGUGGACCCCAAAGGCUCCUUACCCAAGUGGGUGGUGAAUAAAUCUUCUCAGUUCCUGGCUCCCAAGGCCAUGAAGAAGAUGUACAAGGCGUGCGUCAAAUACCCUGAGUGGAAGCAGAAGCAUCAACCGCACUUCAAGCCGUGGCUACACCCAGAACAGAGCCCGUUGCCGAGCCUGGCGCUGUCGGAGCUGUCUGUGCAGCACGCGGACUCGCUGGAGAACAUCGACGAGAGUGCGGUGGCAGAGAGCCGGGAGGAGCGCAUGGGCAGCGCGGGCGGCGAGGGCAGUGAUGACGACACUUCGCUCACCUGAGCACGGCACCACGGCAGGGACCAAGACAAGACGGGGCGGAGCCCAGGGGUGGCGGAUGCUCCCGCGCUUUCUCCCCUCCCCCACUCCUUGCGCCUCCUGGGGACGCUGGGCUCCGGCCCAGGCUGGCGCUGCGGCGUGGCUGGACACAGCCCCAAUAAACGGUCCCACAGA